AUGCCCAAACUUCAUGCAAUUGAAACUCGAUGCAUCGCAAUUGUCCUAUCACUGAAGAGCAAAAACGGCGAUCCCGAUAACCCAUCUCACACCGUUCGGGUCCACGGGCCCAUGGCCAUACUCACACUGUACGCCGACCUCGUGCAAUAUAAAACACCAUCCCUCGUCCUCACUCUACUUUUCUUUCUUCAUCAACACCAACGGACCCUCCCACCGGGAGGCCAAGCCCCCUCGAACUUGAAUCAAUGGAGGUCGCAGCAGCAUCAGGAGCAAAGUGCGCCCGACAACUCGUCAUGUCAUGGUAGUCUCAUCAGUGCCCCGGCGCCAGAUUCUGAUUUUGGCCUCUUGUGCGACGUUUCUCCCUUCUUGGAUCUUCCCCUUCUCGACUUCGACUUCAGCUCCCAAGGUGUUUACCAGGGAAAUGAUGCGUCGUGGAAUUUUGGUCAGAACAUGGGAGAGGGAUUGUUUGAUCAGAUUAUGAUUCCUGAUAUGAACACUCUGGAUACGAAUACUCAACUCGAUGUGGGAGAUGGCUUCCUCGCUCAGGAGCAGCCUCUCAUCACUGUCAACUCUUCACCGCUCGAGCAACCUUCAACAUCAAGCACUCCCCACCCUACUGCUACCACCACCAACAAAUCUCCCUCUUCAUCUAUCCCAGGAACAUCCACCUUCUCCCUCCACCCAUCUCCCUCCUCUUCAUCAGGCUCCUCCCGGAAGCGCAAAUCGUCACCGGAAGAUGAAGAGUCAGCUGUUACCCUCAAACGCCAACGCAACACCCUCGCAGCUCGCAAGUACCGCCAAAAGCGACUCGAUCGCAUCUCGGAGCUCGAGGAGGCACUCGCCGCUAUGACAAAUGAGAGAGACGAUAUGAGGCUUCAACUUGCUAGGAGAGAAGCCGAAGUGGAUGCCUUGAGAGAAAUGAUGGGAAAGAAGUGA